AAUCAGACAGCUGCCAGUAUUCCGCUUGCUCGUGUGCUACCUGCUUACAGCAUUGCCUCAGUUUCCCGGGAAUCAAAAUGAUCAAUAGUCUACACAAAAGUUGCUUAAGCAACUCUUGCAGUCUUAGAUGCGCAUCCGGUGGUGAUAUGGUUGGAAACCCAACCGAGAAACAUCAUAACGUUUAUACCGCCAUAGUACAAAACCAUCAACUGAUACCAAAGACAGUGGAUUUUACAAACGCUCGAGUAUGCAAGUGUACGUUUUGUGAGUGUUUGACAUGUCCUUAUCAAGGAAAAGCAUCAUUUGCAGGAUCUCAGGAAACUAUUAGUCUUGUAAAAAAAAAGCUUGAAAAUGAGUGGAAGCGAAAGUCAAGAUAUGGAAAAGUUGGACAAGCUCAGAGUCCAAGAACCGUGUGCGAGAAGAGUGUCACAUCAUACAGUUAGUCUCAAGUGGAAGCUGCCCAAAGCAAUCGAGGGAGUUAUGGGAUACGAAAUACUGGUAGACGGCAAAUCUAUUGAGACGAUAGUCAAUCCAAGACGCUGCAUGACAGUAAUCAGCUGCCUCCCUCCGGUCCAGCGACUCCUGAUCACCAUCCGCACCAUCACCAAGACAGACUUAAAGUGCCUCCCUUGCACCACUAUCAGAUAUCACCCGCGUGAUAAUAAAUAUAUAUGCGUUUAAAAGUUAAUUGCGAACUAU